AACACCACACUGCGCAGCGGCGGCCUUAUUCAAAUGAAUGGCCCCAGGUAGACAGGUAUUUCACCUGACCAACUUCCACCAGUGUCAGUCGUCUCGCUGUUGGGUGCGGCGUGAGUGUGGAACGUUCUCGACGCUUGGAUUGAUUCCCUUUUACCGAGGAACCUCACGCUUCAGGACCGGGACAUCUGGACUGUCUCACCCGCCGGAAUGCUCCGAUUCUCGCUGCUCGAGCUCUGAGGGGUCGGAGGUCGCGGAAGAACCUGUUCCUUAUUUUGGUGUCAUCCUGAAAGAGAGACAAGCGGCUGAGACGGACCCCGCUCUGCCGGUAGGGUAAAUCCACCGUUCUGAGAAACCGCGGACAGUACACGGCUCGCUGUGUAGGAGCGACAGAACGUCUCUUGUUUCUUGCCACACCCGUACCUGCUGUAUACCGUGCCCCUGGUGUUGUCAAGUUCAUGUUUAGGAUGCGUGUGGCGCUGUUGGCGGGGUGGACAGCGUGUCUCCGUGGGUGAGGGAUGUCAGUGUGUGGGGACAGGCACUCUCCCACACACUGUUGCACUGGUGCAUGUCCGACUGCACAGAUAUAUAUACCUUCACCUGCCCUCUGCAAAUAAACACUGCCAGACCUGCAUAAACAGGUGAGGUGAGGAAAUUAUCGUUCGUACGUCUCCAGCAACAUGGGAAGCGGCGGAAGCAAGAAGAAACAGGACUCGAGCCACUUGAUCAAGACCUGCACGGACCACUCCGGCGGCGUGAACUGCCUGGCGCUCUCUCGGGACGGGUCGCUGUUGAUCACCGGGUCGGAGGAUCGCACCGCCCGCCUGUGGAGCGCGCGCACGCACGAGUGUGUCGGGGUCCUGACGGGCCACGCCGACUACAUCACGUCCGUCGGCUUCGUCGACAACUACGCCGUCACGUCCAGCGCCGACAAGACCAUCCGCAAGUGGGACCUGAACUCGUGCGACUGUGUCCUCGUCUUUACCGGUCACUCUUCUCCUGUCAACAGAGUAGCGGCAGCGGGAGGGCUGCUGUUCACCAGCUCGUACGACCGCACGGCGCGGUGCUGGCAGUUCGACUCCGGGGAGUGCGUGCAGGUGUUCCUCGGGCACAAGCGCGGCAUCACCCCGAUCAUUUUCGUCGCGCCGGACGGUGACAACUCGCCCAAGGCGCAGCACGACACGGUGGACGCCUCCAAAGACCUGGUCCUCACGGGAUCUCUAGACAGCACGGCCAAGGCCUGGAGUUUGGACGGGAAAUGCCGGACGACGUUCAAAGGACACAAAAUGGCCAUCCUGUCCAUGGCGGUGGAUCGCCAGGGCAAGACUCUAUUUACCGGCUCGCACGACGCCAAUGUGAUGGCUUGGACGAUCGAGACAGGCGAGGCGCUGCGCACGUUUGAGGGCCACCAGGGGGGAAUCAUCUGUAUCGAGAUCUGUAACAAGCUGAUGUACACAGGCAGUUCUGAUCAUACGGCGAAGUGCUGGGUGGUGGACUUCGGGGACCGCACCCGGGAAUACAAGGGGCAGAAACACACUGUGUCCUGCAUGGCCUUCCACGAAGGCGUCUUAUUUACAGGAAGCGGAGACGCAUGCGCACGGGCGUUUGACGCGAAAUCAGGGGCGCUGAAGAGAACGUACAGGGGUCACGAGUACAUCAUUAAUGCUGUAGCGGUUGUAGAUGGCAAACUCUUCACAGCGUCCCACGAUGGAACCAUGAAGGUGUGGAACGCAGAGAACCUGGUGGCGGAGGACUGGGGCAAGCCCAAGAAGGAUGAAGAAGACAAGGAGAACGCCAAGCGCAGAAACUCCAACAUCGACCAGCAGAGCUACCGAAGCAGGCCAUCUACCGGUUUGAGUGAGUACGACAGGCGGAGCCGCGAGAAAAUUGAGCAGGAGAGGAAAGAGAGGGAAGUGAUGGACAUGGUGUAGAUCAGGGACAGGCCUUACGACACGUCGUGAAAUGAAGCUACCAUUUUGCGGCAUGUCUUUGACCUUCACUGAGCCUGCACCCGAUCAUUGCUUGCAAUGUCAUGUCGUGGAUAUGUUUGCCGUUAAUAUUUCACCCUAUAACUGUUUUAUUUGGCUAAAGAAUUGGUUUAUUGAGUUGUACAUAUUAUGUUGCAAUUUUGGUUAUUGUGUGCUUGCACAAAUAUAAGCGAAGCUGCACAAUUUUGGCCUCUUAUUUUCCAACUAACACAAUCAAAUUCACAGAAGUAUGGUCAGUAUGCACAGUUUGGAAAAAUGUUUAUGAAAUGCACAUUUAUGAAAUCUACAAAAAUAAUCAAGUAUCUCGCGGUCCGCCCGUUCUACUCACAAAUUAGGCCCAACUUUGAGGAAAAUUCGUAAAUCAAGGGCUAAUAAGAAAAAAAUUCCUUACAGUAUCAGUCAAGGUAACAACGCAAAUGAAAUAUAAACUUAAGCCAUUUUAGACGGUUAUUGUUGAUAAAACAUAGACGGGAUGCAAUAUAUUCGGUAUGCGUAUGCAUGCGGUGUUGGUCCGCCAUCUUGAACUUUCGUCAUAGAUAUGGUUGCCUGUUGGCAUGACUGUUACUUGAUCAUAAGCACAAAGUACAAAGGACUAUGACGAGAAUUUAAGGGCAUUCGAACACCGGCUUGCUAUUCUGCUGAAAAGAAAGGCAAUGAGUUGGCUACAUACAGCAUUAAUGAUGUAUUACCCUUAUGUACGUAUUAUGUAUAAGUAUUUGCGGAGUCUGCACAAAAAUAGUGGUGACUUUCACACUAUACCUAGUGAAGCCACAUUGGAAACCACCUUUACACAACAGAGGGUACCUUGUAUUUCAGACAU